UUAAAGACUCCUAUUCAAACUCCUCUUCCCACCACCACCACCGGGUCUCAUAUGACAUGCCAGCAGUUUAUUACAGCUAUUUACAUGUCCAUUGGAGUUGGAUGUUGCUGGGUGACUUGUGUGGCUGAAUUCAGGCUCAGGAUUCAGAGUGGGGUGUUCACAUAUGAUGGCAGGCUUUUGGGCAUCAAGGACUCACUCAAAGCUGUGUCUCAGGACAUGUGUAGCUAUUCUGCUCCUCCUAGUCUUCUUUCAUAUAGCUCAAAGACAUGGCAACCAGGAGGAAAUAUAUAAGAGGGAUCUUCUAGCAUCGACAGAAAUCCCGGCAGAGUAUAUUGAUCCAACUUCCAUAGAUCUCACUCCCUUGGUCAAUACGUUAAUUCAUUCAACACAAUUAGGCUCAAGUCAGCUCUUCUCUUUGUUGAGUGUGACCUCACACAGCUCCCUGGCUCUUCACAAGCUCACUCUACUGGUCUAUAACAUUUCUAAUUUCAGAACAAUCGCAGACAACAUGUUUCCAAGAAGGUAUUGCUAUUGUGUAACAAACGAGACAAACGACUUAACAGACUUCACUGCCAUAUUGUUGGAUGUUAUGGGAAAUUCCACAAGCUAUCUACAAGAGCUAUUCAAAUCUAGCUCCAUAUUAUCAGUGAGCCAAAAUAAUAUUUCUGGCUGCAUAUACAUCUGUGUAAUGGCAGGUAAAUCAGAUAAAUACCUGUCUCAACUCUGGGAAGUUGACUCCAUCAUGCCUCUGUUCAAUCAGACCAUUACAGAAAGUGCACAUAAAGGUAACCAUUCUGUCAAUUUUGAUCCGUCCCUAACCAGUAGAGUCCACUCCACUGCACAUGUAUCUUCCACAGCCUCAGAAAUGACCUCUACAGCUCCACCGACCACAACCAGUAGAACCAGAACCACAUCCUUCUUGACCUCAACAAGAGCUCAACCCACCACAACCACACCCUCACCGACUACAAAGACCAGAACCAGAACUACAGGUCGACCGACCUCAAUAUCAGUUCCUCAUACCACUACAAGCAGAACUACAGUCCUAAUGACCCCAACUACAGCCCUUCCGAUCACAAUCACAGCCCAACCAACCAUAACCAAAGCCCCACCGUCCACAACCACAGCCCAACAAAGUAGAUCUACAGCCCUACCAACCACAACCCAAUCAACCACAGACCGACCAACCACAUAUACAGCCCUACCAACCACAGCCCAACCAACUACAGCUUUACCAAUCCCAGCCCUACUGCCUACAACUACAGUCCUACCCACCACAACCACAGCCCAACCAACCACAACUACAGCCCUACGAAUCAUGACCACAUCCACGCCAACUGCAGCUCAACCAAUUCCAACCUCAGUGCAACUGACCAAAGUCCCAUCAUCCACAACCACAGACCAACUGACCACAACAGCUCAACCGACUACAACCACACCACAACUGACCACAGUCCAAGUGACGACAACCACAACCCAACUGACCACAACCACAGACCAACCAACCACAGCCUUGCCACCCACAAUCAGAUUCCGAAUGACAACAACCCCAGUUCGACUUACUAUGACCACAACCCCAUCGACCAUAACCGCAAUCCUGAUAACCGCAACCAAAGCACAACCAACCACAGACCCACCAGCCACAGGCCAAGCUAUUACAACCACACCACAAUUGCCCACAGCCCAACAAACUACAACCACAACACAACUAACUACAACCACAGCCCCAUGGACCAUUACCAAUAUAACCACGACCGCAACCAGAGUGAUCACCAAAGCACCCAUCACAGAGAAACCAGGCUGCCCAUGGAGAAGGCCUGGCUUGACCAAAAUAGAAGAGCGGCGUGACAACUCCAUUACUAGCAGCACCACCACUGUGAGUGCUCACAAGCUACAGCCCUGCGUACUCGAGCUCUGCAAGUUCUUCUCCCAGUGCCUCUGCCACUCCUACAGCUACAAGACUCACAUGAAGAGGUAUUGUGCUGAUAGUCACCUGUGGUAUGAGAAACAUACCUUUGAGGUGUGUAGACGGGUCAGAAGAGUCUCUUUCUCCAGAAAUCUAAAACAGAGGUGCCUUGCAAGAAUGUGCAACAAACUCUGGCCAGAGUGGAAAAGAAACAGAGAGAGCGGGAUAUACUGAAGUUGGAGAGGAGAUUACACAGGAAGAACCACUGAAGUAUGCACAUUCUGAUGUAACUAAGUGCACAGUGUUUUUUUCUGAAUCCAAUAAAUUGAAAAUAUUUUCUUUCGAACCACA